GCCGCCUUUCCCGUUCCGGUGGGCGCUGACCUUGGCGGCGGCGGCGCGCGGCGGCCGGCCGAGUCCUCGGGAGCCGCGGCCAUGGUGUCGUACUGGCGGCAGGCCGGGCUCAGUUACAUCCGGUACUCCCAGAUCUGUGCCCAGGUCGUUAGAGCAGCAAUGAAGCCUCAGUACAAAGCAGAGGCGGAGAGGGCGGCCACGGCCACUGUGAAAACAGUGAAGCCCAAGAAGGAAUGAAAUGAACUGGCCUAUGGUGAAUACUGUAACAACAAACUGCAAAGCUGUAGGCAAGCUCAAGACUCGCAACAUAAUGUUAUCACAUUACCUGUAAAAUUUGCCAGUAUGUAAAUCAGCAUGCUAAUAAAUGUCACUUAACAAACAAA